UAUAUUUAUUAAAAAAUCAUGGAUUCCGAAGACUGCUCCACUUUCACAUUUGAGCAAAUUACAUUUGGGGGAGUAUCCAAUCUGCAAGAGUUAGAUUAUAAAGUUUUAGUAUUUCAAAACAAAAAACUGGUUGAAAGGUUAGAAUAUUAUAAGAAUGUAGAAAAUAAUUUAAAAUCAAAAAUUUACCAAAUGGAAAAGAAAUUUCACUCAAAUGAAUCAGUUAUGUGUGUGCUUAAUCGCUAUUGGAAUAAUUUGGAUGAAAACCUAAAGGCUAACUUGGAGAGGGUUGCAAUUGAAUUAAAUGUUCAAAAGGAAAAAAUCGAUUACAAUCUAGAAACUAAUCAAAAAUUGAGAGAAAUUGAGGAAUUUACAAAUUAUGAACUAUUACUACAAAAACAUUAUGCCAGUAAAAGAAAAAAAAAUGACACAAGUUCAAGUGAUGAAGGAUCAGGCCAAGAUGAAAAAAAUGAUUCAGAAAUAAGUGAACGAGGAUCUGAUCAAGAAUGUAAGAAGUAUGGAAAAAUUGCCAAAAUACGUAAAAUGCAAGAUUUUAACAAAAAAAGAAUUAACAAUGAAACAAAAAUUGGUGAUAAUGCUUUAAAGGACUUAUUUAAUAAAAAUAUAAAUAAUGAUAAUCCUUAUAAUUAUUUUAUAGAAGAAUUAUUUUCGUGUGAUAAAGAUAUCUUGGAACAAAAAUUAUUGCAAAGAGUUGAAUUUACCAAAAAAGUUAUGCUUGACAUUAUAAAGCAUAUUGAAACUUUUUAUCUGUUAAGGGAUAGCACACUAUUAAAAAUAUUUCAAUAUAAAACUGAAGAUGAUAAAGAGUAUUUCAAUCAAAACUUCUCAUCUUUUAAAGAGCUUGUUGAAAAGGUUAAAUUAGAAAAUAAACAGCUACGAGAUUCAAUGACAUUAUUGUACAAAAAUACUUACAAAGACACUCUAAUGAAAAAAGAAUAUAAAGAUCAAUUAAAAUUGACACAGAAUUUAAAUGGAGAAUUGCAAAAUAAAAUACAGGACCUAGAAUUUCAACUUAAAAAACAUUUAGCAAAAGAAAUUAAAUUAAACAAGGAAUUGUCAAGAUUAACUGAUUCCUAUGCAAAUUUGAACAAAGAAAUAAUUGAUGCCAGAAAAGCAGCUCUUAAUAAUGUAGCUAAUGCAAUAGUAUCAAACAAUAUUCAUCCAAAUUUACAUGAAGUAGAUUCAAAUAAUAUAAUUCAAGAACUUCCAACUUCUACCACAAGUUUUGUGCCAAAUGAAACCAUUCAAAUGUUAGAGUUUGAAUUGAGUCAGGAAAGGGAAACAUCAUCUAAUAGAUUAAACGAGCUUGAAAAGCUUCAUUCCCAAUACGUUGAUGCUCUUAAUAGGAUUGAAAAGCUUAACUGCUUUAAAAUGCGAUUUCAUUUUAAAAUGGUGACACCCGUGAAUGACGCAGAAGAUUUGAAUGAGACAGGACUGACCAACGAGUAUGAGGAGGACGUAUUUGAUGAAAAUCUUUUUAUUGUCAAUAGUGAGCAAUACAAAUCUCUCCAAAGCCAGCAUGCAAUAAUAUUCAACGAGAAUAAAGAAAUAAAAGCACAUGCAUCCGAGCUUAGGAAGUUGUUACAAGCCGUUAAGAAUGUUCACACACAAAAGAUGGAGGAAAUGGCUAAAGUACAGACAGAAAAUUGCCAAAAAUUUAAGGAUGAUGCUAAAAAUCUUCAAGAUAAUUGGCUGAAGACAAAGAAGGAAUUAGAUAUUUUGCACAUAGAACAUGAACAAUAUUCAUCCACCAGAGAUCAGAAUGCUGCUAUUAACCAUGAAACUAAGAUAACCAUUGCUAAUUUACAAGAACAUAAUAGACAACUCAAAAGGGAGGUCAUGAGGUACAAAAAAAGAUGUACUCAGCAGGCUCAACCAAGUUCUCUGGUCCAACGUCCCACUGGUGACAAGCUUCAACACCACCCACUCAAUGUAACCACUUCACAUUCUCUAAUAAUUCCUUUCAAGAAAUUGGAUCCGAUUACUAACUUAACUUUGGAGACAUCAAAUAGUAGCCAUACCUCAAAUGAGAACAAGGUGAUCAAUGAUCCAAGAAUCAAUAAUAUAGCCAUAGACACAACAAUUAGUUCUGACGUUCACCCCCCUUCUUCUAUUAAUGAUAAUAGCCCAGUCCAUGAAAAAGUUCAAUCCUCCACUAAAAACUUGAAUGAAAAUGUCAAAGCCAAGUUUUACAAGGUCAAUUUGCCAAUCGCACCUGAUAAUGUUAAUCAAAUGGUUCACGAGAUCAGAGAUCUCAAAGAAGAACUGAAAAAAUCACAUUCAGCCCAAAAGGAAUUGAAGCUCCUGUUGGAUGUUUACAAGAAUUCCUCAAGAGAUCAGAGGGAUAAAGCCCAGCUGAUGGCCAGUGAGAAAAAGCUGCAAAACGACUUAAAUGAACUGAGGGAUAAGUUGACAGGCAUCAAGAACGUCACAGAGCAAGAUAAUAAACCAAAUCAUACUGAUGCAAUUACCAUUAAUCCUCCUAAUUCUAUUACCAGCACCUCAGAUGCUAGCCAUGAUCACUCAAUGGCAAAAAAAUUGGCUCAGUGUGAAAAUAAGAUUUGUGGCAUGCAGAAGAAAAUGUUUGAAACGAAACAGGAAGAAGAAGCCUUGUUGAAGGAAUUGGAAGUCACAGGUCAGGCCUUUGAAGAUAUGCAAGAACAGAAUAUCAGGCUAUUGCAACAGCUUCGUGAGAAAGAUGACGCCAAUUUUAAGCUCAUGACAGAACGCAUAAAGGCAAACCAGUUAACAAAACUGAUGAAGGAAGAAAAAGACAUUGAGUUGGAUAGGGAGGAAGCUCUUAAAAGUGCAAAUAAAAAACUUAAUGAUGUUCUGGUGCUUUAUAGGGAUAAAGAAAAACAGUUGCUAAACGACUUACAAAACAAUGAGCGGGAAAUGAGGCUCAGAAUAUCCGCCUGCAAUUCCUUCAAGCAAAAGGCCAUCGAAAGUGCUCAACAGACCUUGUCCUUCAAAGAUAAAUGUGAACAACUUUCUAUCCGACUUUCUGAAUCACUCCAAUCGUUGGCUGAUAAAAGUGCCCUGUUAGAAAAGGAGAAUUUCCGGUGUGAUAGACUAAAAGAACAGCUUUCAAGGCUUAAGGACAAGAUUAAAUUUCAAAAACAGAUUUCUCAAAACAUAGAAAAUAAGGAUAACCAGACAGACGAUUCAGCUACUAUGGCAGCGGAACUUAUUUUACUGGCAGAGGAAAUUCGUGGUUAUAAAUCUCUAAUGACCUGCCCAUCAUGCAAAUCUAACCGCAAAGACGCCAUGCUGUCUAAAUGCUAUCACGUGUUCUGCUACCAUUGCCUCAAGCUGCGUUACGACACACGUCGUCGCAAAUGUCCCGAGUGUGCCGCCCCAUUUGGCGCUAACGAUUUUCACCGCUUAUUUUUAUAUUGAUUACUAUCGCACAUAUUUAUAAAAAUUUUCUAAAGCAUUAAAAAAAAUUUUAAUAUAAAGCGCCAUUUUAUCGUUUUUUUUGUAUUGGAAAAAUUUAUAUGCCGACAACAAUUUUUUUUUAUAAAAAAACAAACCGAUUAAAAAAUAUUAAUUUAAUUCCCUAGAAAUUUGUAUAUAAUU